AAUGCCACGUCUAUAUAGUUUUACUUUCCUUUUUUCUUUAUUUAUUUUUGCCGUCAGUUUGUUGUUGGUAUCAUCAACGCCCCUCUAUGGACCGGAAAUGUCACAACCCCAAUAUUACCGAGCAAUUUGGAAUUUAAAUUCGAAACGUAGUCCGUCCAUCGGCCUCUCAUUGGCAGAAUAUAUGGCACACAAUCAAGGCCAAGACCAGUCUCUACAUUUCAUUCCAACAGUAUAG